GGUAGGGUCAAAAGUAUUGCUGAUAAACUUUUUAUGGGAUGGGAAUAUUUUAUUAAUAAUAAUAUGCACCCACUCGGGAGGAUCUGGGUUGUGUGGAAUCAGAAUAUGGUGAACAUUAAGAUUAAGUUUGUUACUGAACAGUUGGUUCAUUGUCAAGGGAGGUUAGUUGGGGAUGACAUAGAGUUUUUCCUCACUUUUGUUUAUGCACAGAAUGACUCUGCUAAAAGGAAAGAACUCUGGGAUAAUCUGACUAGUAUCUCUAUUAAUUCUGCUUUGUGUGUUCUUGGGGACUUCAAUACAGUCCUAAAUCUUGAUGAAAGAAUAGGUGGCAACCCUGCAAAUUGGGAGGAGUCCAGAAUGUUUAAAAAUUGCCUUGGUGAAUGUGGUUUAGAAGACCUACCUUAUGAAGGAUCAAAAUAUACCUGGACAAAUAACCAAGACUUAGAUCACAGAAUAUACUCAAAACUGGACAGGGUGUUGGGGAAUGUGGAAUGGCUAAUCAAGUUUGAUUAUAAAAUUUUCUUCAUGGAAAGAGGUAUUUCAGAUCACUCUCCAAUGAUCCUGAAGAAUCUUAUUAAUGAGGCACCAAGACACUGCUUUAAAUACUGUGACAUGUGGUCACUUGACCCAAGUUUCUCAAAGGUGGUGGCUGAUAUCUGGAAUCAACAACAGGAAGGAUACUCUAUGUAUCAAGUGGUCAGGAAACUUAAGAUGCUUAAAGGCCCUCUAAGAAGGUUGAACAGGAGUAAAUUUCAGCACCUAGAUAAUCAAGUUGAUGAACUACGUACAAAGCUGCACACUGUCCAAGAAGAACUAAAGAUUAAGAGGGAUCCAGUGACUCUGGAUAUUGAGAAGAAAGUAGCUUAUGAACUAAAUCUGAAGCUAAAAGCUAAUCUCCUAUUGAAGCAUCAGCAAGCUAAAGCUGACUGGAUUGUAUAUGGGGAUCAUGACUCAAAAUUAUUAUUUUAUGCAUGGUUAAAAAAGAGGAAGAUGCUCAAUCAAUUUUCCUCAUUAACCAAUGCAAAAGGGGACAUAGUUGAAGGAAGAGCUGAAGUGGCUAAAGUACUUAUGGAUUUUUAUACAAAACAACUGGGGGUAGCUAAAAAGACACAAGAUAUCAAUGAGGAAAUCAUUAAUAUGGGGCUCUCCUGACUAUAGAACAACAACUGAAGCUGAUUUCUCCAAUUACAUCUGAAGAAGUUAAGAAGUGCUUAUUUGACAUACCAAAUAGUAAAAGCCCAGGUCCAUAUGGAUACAGCAGUGGAUUUUUCAAGAGCCAAUGGAAGACAGUGGGGGGUUUAAUUACUAAAGCAGUCCAGGAUUU